GGAGGCGGAACAUGUGUGCGCCGCAAAGGCUGCUGCCCGCCCGGGAUCCGGCCGUUGCGUGCCUCUACCCAGCCCGACGGUGAGGCGGGCGUCUGGGCGGACGCAGCGGUGGACGGGAAGGAGAGGCCGGGCGUCCCUCUCGAAGGCUUCACUGCCCUGGCUUCUCUGGAGUGGCGGGGGCGCGGGCGAGGCGGAUCAUGGCAUCGCUGGCGGACCGAGUGCGGGGCAACGGGCGAAUCGCCGCCGGGCUCCUGUUCAACCUGCUAGUGUCCAUCUGCAUCGUGUUCCUCAACAAAUGGAUCUAUGUGCACCACGGCUUCCCCAACAUGAGCCUGACCCUGGUGCACUUCGUGGUCACCUGGCUGGGCUUGUACAUCUGCCAGAAGCUGGACAUCUUUGCCCCCAAAAGUCUGCCGCCCUCCAAGCUCCUUCUCCUGGCCCUCAGCUUCUGUGGCUUUGUGGUCUUCACCAACCUGUCUCUGCAGAACAACACCAUAGGUACCUAUCAGCUGGCCAAGGCCAUGACCACGCCAGUGAUCAUAGCCAUCCAAACCUUCUGCUACCAGAAAAGCUUCUCCGCCAGAAUACAGCUCACGCUGAUUCCUAUAACUGUAGGUGUAAUCCUAAAUUCUUAUUACGAUGUGAAGUUUAAUUUCCUGGGAAUGGUGUUUGCUGCUCUUGGUGUUUUAGUUACAUCCCUUUAUCAAGUGUGGGUAGGAGCCAAACAGCAUGAAUUGCAAGUCAACUCGAUGCAGCUGCUGUACUACCAGGCUCCGAUGUCGUCCGCCAUGUUGCUGAUCGCUGUGCCCUUCUUUGAGCCAGUGUUUGGAGAAGGAGGAAUAUUUGGUCCCUGGUCACUUUCUGCUUUGCUUAUGGUGCUGCUAUCUGGAGUAAUUGCUUUCAUGGUGAACUUAUCAAUUUAUUGGAUCAUUGGGAAUACUUCACCUGUCACUCCUCUGAUCCCAGAAUUUCUGCAUCAUGCUGUCAAAUCAAGGCAUCCGAGUGUGGCCUGAUUAAAAACAUUAAUUCGUUCAACAAAUAUUUUUUCAAAUACCCACAAUAAACCAUUCAUUGAUUUAAUAAAUAUUUAUACACUGAAUAUCUACUCUUAUGUCAGACACUAAAGGUAUAAUAGUAAACAACUAGACAAAAAUCUUUGUCCUUACAGGCUUUAAUUCUGAUGAGGAAGGCAGAUUAUAAAUGAGAAAAAAGAAUUUUUUAAUGUACAUAUACAGCAUCAGGUAGUAUUAUUAAGUGCCAAAGGGAAAGAAUAAAGCAGGAAAAAGCAUGCAAAAUGUUGGAGACAGGGUUGAAAUUUUAGGUAGGGUGGUCAGGAAGGCCUCAACAGGUGUGUGACUUAGUGACGACCUGAAGGAAUCAAGCCUCCUUGCAGAUCAGGAGAGGAGAACAUUCCAGGCAGAGGCACUGCAAGUUGAGAGGUCCCAUGGGGCAGCAGGGAGGCCUGGGUGGUUGGAGCAGGGUGAACAAAGCUGGGUGUGUGUAGUAGACUUGGCGAAAUAUCAGGGAGCCAGACUGAGGACAGCUUUUAUGUAAGGACUGUUACCAGGAGUGAGAGGUGAAGUCGUGGGAGUUUUGAGCAGAAAUUUGACAUAAUUUCACUUGAGUUCUGAUAGAGUCACGUGGGGCCAGCCAGUGGGAAUAGACACAAGUUGGAUUUCGCACCCUCAGUGCUGAUUACCGUUUGCAAUAGAGGUCUCUCCUAUUCCCUGUAGCAUGUUUGGCAGCAUGCGAGCCUUCUCCCACUAGACGCCAGUAACACCUCCUUUCCCCAGUGAGAAAUCCCCAGAAUUGUCUCCUUCCCCAACCGAAAGUGCCCCAGAUAUUGCUCAUGUGGCAAAAUCACUCCUGGUUGAGAAUAACUGGUCUAAAAGAAGCAAGGGAAGAAGGGACACUGUCAGGAGGCCACUGGAAUGUUCUCAUUUAGAGAUUGUGUGACUUGUUACCAGGGUGGUGGCAAUGGGUAAGAGUGAGCAGUGAUUGGAUUCUGGACAUAUUUCCAGGUAGAGGUCGCAAGUUUUGCUGACCGAAUGGCUGUGGAGAAUAAGAAGAAAUGAGGUUGACUCACAUGGUUUUUGCCCUGAGCAUGGAUCCUUAAUUCUGAAAGGAUUAAAUAAGUAAAUAGAUGCAAAGCAUCUAGCACAUAGUGAGUAGCAUGUGUUAGCUGCUAUUAUAGUUACCAACAGCAGUGUUCAUGGCUAAUAAACAUUUGCUAAGUGCAAAUGUUUAGAAUAGAGCUGCCAUGAACUAAAAUAGGACUGCCCGAAGGAGGUGAGGGGACGGGAGGAGCAUCACGUGCAGUUUUGGAUAAACAAGUCUGAGGGCUCAGGAGCAAGGUCUCAGCUGGAGAUGGUACAGAGUCCAUAGUGUGGAGGUGUGGUUUGAGGUGGCGAAACUGGUUGAGAUUACCAAGCAAACAUGUCAAAGGAAAGAUGUUCAAAGGUUGAGUCCAGAGUCCCCUCUGUGUUUAGAAAUCAGGGAGAUGAGAGGAACAAGGUAGAAGGUCAAGGAGCAGAGAGGUGGAAGGAAGGGGAGCGGGGUAGAAUCCGAGUGAGGAGGAGGGUGCUGAGCUGGCGCCUGCUGUCAGGUCACGUAGGAGGAAGCCCAGUAAUUGAUGCAGGGGCCUGGUGAGGUGAGGACACUGAUGGGUUUGAGAAGCACAUUCCACAGGGUGGGGUGACAGCCUAACUGCAGCCAGAGAGGAACUGCAGGGAGGAGUUAGGGCUACCAUGUACAGACUGUCUUUUUUUGAAGCUACAAAAGGAUUUACUGAAGAUGUUGUUUGCCUUUUUUCUAGUAUAAAUAUUUUUAAAAGAUCAUGAAGUACUUAAAAGAGAGGCUGAGGAGUAAAGAAACCUGAAGCUAGUGUUGGAGCCAGGGCCCUUGACGACAGCUCAUAAGAAAAUAAAGCCUACUUUAUUAUGAUUGUGGAUAAUAUGCUUGAGAAGAUCCUCCAUGUCUUGGGUAUCACCUCCAUUGUCUCAGCCGGCACAGGGACCCCGGUGUCUUAGGCCACGCUCUCCUGAGGCCCAGCUGCCACCUCACAGGAGCUUGCAGGCUGCAUCAUUGGGCUCAGAGCAGAAGAGCGAGCCUUGGACUUGGAGGUCGGACAGAUCUAGGUGUGCACGCCCAGCUCUGACACCACCUACGGUCCUGAGCAAGUUGUGGGAGCUCUCGGGGUCUCCCUCUGAUCACUUAGGAAAUGAAAGAAAUAGUCUCUAUUAUGCUGGGUGGUUGUAUUUGAGAGAAUGUGUGUUGAGCACUUAGCAAAUGUUUAUUAGCCAUGAACACUGCUGUUGAUAACUAGAAUAGCAGCUAACACGUGCUACUCACUAUAUGCUAGAUGCUUUGCAUCUAUUUACUUAUUUAAUCCUUUCAGAGAUACUGGGAGGUAAGUAUGUAUUCCCAUUUUAUGGAUGAGGAAACUGAGGUACAGUGGUAGCUUCAUUUAGUGUUAUUAUUAGGAAGAAUAAAUAGAUACACAUCAUACAUCUGAAAGAACCAGAAAGUACUAAUUUAUAUAGGAAAAAUAAUUCUAUUUCA